AUGGGAGUCACAAAGGACGUGCCCUGGGUUGAAAAAUACCGUCCUAAAAAAAUAUCUGAUGUCAUCUUCCAGACCCAAGCAGUUUCAAUAAUGGAGCAAAUCAUAGAAACUUUUAACAUGCCUCAUAUGAUAUUCCACGGACCUCCUGGAACUGGGAAAACCUCAGCAGCACUUGCUAUGGCAAGACAAAUUUAUGGUCUGGAAGGGAUGAGAGAACGUGUUUUGGAACUUAAUGCAUCAGAUGAAAGAGGAAUCGACGUUGUUAGGGAUAGAAUUAAGACAUACACUAGAAUUAAUAUUUCAAAUAACAGAGUUAAUCCUGAGACUAACAGAGUAAUGCCUAACUAUAAAAUGAUCAUACUGGACGAGGCUGACAUGAUCACAGCGGACGCCCAGGCUGCACUUAGACGGGUGAUUGAAAAUUAUUCUAGCAUCUCGCGCUUCAUAUUAAUUUGUAACUACCUCCAUAAAAUCAUCGGACCAAUUUACUCAAGGUGCUCAGUGUUUCACUUCAAACCAAUCGAAACAAACUCGCAAAUCGAUAGACUUAAGUACAUCUGCAACCAAGAAGGGAUCACUUUUGACCCGAAGUUUUUAACAACCAUAUCAUCAGGAGAUAUGAGGAAAAGUAUUACAAUUCUACAGGUAAUUUUGGGAUCAACGGCUUGUUUAUAUAAUGAGAUCACAGAGAACGCGAUUUACAGCGUUUCAGGGAAGCCGCCGAAAAGGGUCGUGGAAAGCAUUUUCGAAGUUUGCAGAAGACCAGAAGGAGAUGUGGAGUCCGUGUGUAAGCAGAUAGUUCAUGACGGAUGGGAUAUUUCAUCAAUAUUCCAACAGAUUUGCGAAUAUGUAGUUGAGAGUGACUCCAUCGGAGACAUAGAGAAGUCGAAAAUUUCACUGGAAUUGGCAAAUAGAGAUUUCGCACUCCUUCAAGGAGGAUCUCAGUAUUUUCAGCUUGCUUCCGCAUGUUUUCACAUCAAAAACACAAUAACUGGGGGUACACCAUCCUAA